AUGCGUUGCCUAGUGUGCUCUGUAGACAUGGCUUCGUGGACAAUUCCAAAGCGAGAGAUACAUGUGAACUCAUGUCUUGAUGUGAUAUCAAUGAAGAGCUUCGAAUGCCCAAUGUGUGGCAAGGAACUCCCACAUAAUGACGAGCGCCGUCGCAUAGAGCACGUGAACCGCUGUCUUGACACAGUCGAAGCAUUAGAUGAAGGCUAUCAGAGCAGUGGACAGAAGCAAGAAGCGUCAUCCGCAACACAUGUGGGUGACAAAGAAGCAAUGAUGGACAAGGAAAUCGAAACGCAAGCGACUGAAAUAGCGCAGGUGGAUGAGGUCGACAUAAACAGUGAAAGUGAACUCGGGAAUGUUUGCAAAAUUUGCGGUCUCGAUACGUCAGGGAUCGAUUUAAUGUGUCAUAUUCGCCAUGUCAAGCGUUGCGGCAGCAAAUUUGGUGUUCGACCUGAAGACAUGGGUGAAGUAGAGCAAACCGAGACAUUGGCAGCCCGACUAGAAGAAAAGGAGGUGGUAAAUGCGUAUAACGUCAUGUUGGGACCCCCAGCUGAUAAAAAAAUGGCACAGGUAGCUCAACUUGAGAGAUCAAACGUUUUUGACGAACUAAUGCGAGGCUCAAAAACCGCUGCAGUUUUGAAUGCCCGAAAGCGUCUUAAUCCAUUUAAGUUCAAACGAAAAACUAGCCAAAGACGACGUCUUUUGUAUCCCGACUUCAAGUGCAUCAAGGGUACAAACCCGCCAUUCAUAGUGGACGGUUUCAAUUAUGCGUGUCCGGAAAACUCAAGCAUUUACUUUUUGACGCACUUUCAUUCGGACCAUUACACUGGUAUUACCAAGGACUUUGAUUGCGGCAUCAUUUAUUGCACCGAAGUUACAGCAAAACUCAUCGUACAAGAGUUAGGUGUUGAAAGUAAAUAUGUCCAUCCAGUUAGACUAAAUACCACCGUAUUUGUUGCUGAUGUGCAAGUUACAUUCAUGGACGCCAAUCAUUGCCCUGGUGCGGCAAUUAUUUUGUUUUGUCUGAAAGAAGGUAAAACCUAUUUGCACACUGGCGAUUUUCGAUUUCACAAGAAAAUGCUUGACUAUUCUCCGCUUCAACCCUUCAUUCCGACCGGAAAAGAAAUUAUUGAUAACAAUGGCAAAGUUGUUGGACUCAGGCGUCUAGACGGUGUUUAUCUCGACACUACCUACUGCAAUCCAAAAUAUACGUUUCCAACCCAGCAUGUUGCAAUUAACCACGCUUUUGAGAUUAUGGACAAGCAUUUCAAGCAAGAAAAGAAAAAGGUGUGCGUAUCGAAAGCAAAGCUUAAAGUUAUCAAAACGUUUGGCUGGCCAGCAGAAUCCAUGCAGCUCCUGACGACGGAAACUGCAGUAACCAACUUACAUGUUGUUCGUAUGCAGGAUCUUCACAUGGACAACCUAACAGUGCUACUCGCAAAGCAUCACAUGCGAUUCCACCGGAUUGUAGCCUUUCGUCCAACAGGCUGGACAUUUAGUAGCAAAAACCCUCGGUCAAUGUCGUCUUGUUGCCUUAACCCUUCCGGCAAGAUUUGCGUUUAUGGCAUCCCAUACAGCGAGCAUUCAAGUUUUUCGGAGCUCAGCGACUUUGUCAAAGUCAUUAAUCCGAUCUCUAUCUUUCCUACGGUGAACUGUAGUAGCAAGCGGAAGGCGACAAAUCAAGUCAACACAUUGCGUCAGAUUGCAUUUCACAAUAUAUCGGUGCUGUUUAAAGAACAAAGGCAAAUUAAGAAGCAGCUCAAUGGACAGAAGCAAUGGGAUAACCAGCAUCAGUUUACAGAAAAGCUGGAUGCACAUACUGAUGGCAAAUGUAGUCAUCAAAUUAAGUGUCUCGAUUUUCGAGAGUAG